AUGCACGCCUCAAAGUUACUCCAUCUGCCGACUGAGAUCAUCCAGCUCAUUGUGGAUCACCUCUGGCCCGACGACACCUUAGCGCUUCUCAUUGCAAUCCUAAAGCUCGCCGAUCUCGUGACUGAUGAGCAACUGCGGUAUCAAGACUCAUGGGGCUAUACCAUAUUGCAUUGUGCCGUUGCGAAGAAUGCUGAAGCAAUCGUCGGCCUCAUUGCCGGACGUUGUGCUCAGGAUCAGGUGGCUACUUGCCAGGGCUAUACACCUUUGCAUCUUGCUAUUUCUGGAGGUUGCAACAAAAUUGCUAAAAUUCUUAUCAAUGCUGGCUUUGACUUGUUGGCCCAGGAUCGACUAGGAAGAACCCCGCUUCACUGGGCCUGUUCUGACAGCAGGCACAGCAAUCUCGCUGAAACCGUCCAGCUCAUACUUGCUAAGAGGGCCGACCCUUCGGUUGUCGCAGAAUUCAAGGAAACACUUCUGCAUGUGAUUCUUGAGGAUGACUUGAAACCCAAUCUCAUCGUCGCCCAGAUGGUAAUCGAUGCUGGAGUCGAUGUCAACGCCUUGGACAUUGAUGGGUUUUCGCCUCUCUGGUGGUCUGUUACCAAUGGUCAUGAGAGUGCUUUCGAACUUCUACUUGCUCAUGGAGCGGACCCUCACAUACGCAGCUACCAGGGAACAAUUCUACAUGAGGCGGUUGCGUACGAACGAGAGACCUUGCUGAAACGCGCCGUGGAGCUCGGUGUUGAUUCAUCUGUGCGCGACAGCGAAGCAGACGAGACCGCAUUAAUGCUCGCUACUCGUCGUGGGAUUGACAACUUUGCUCAGAUACUCAGGGAUGCAGGCGCUGAGACAUGA